CGAGCUCAGACAGACUCACAACUGCCCAGUCUGAGGACGCACAACAACAACACAACAGGAACACAACAAGAACAAAAGACAGAUUCACAACCGCCCAGCCUGAGGACGGAAACAGAAACAACAACACAACAACAACACAAUAACAGCAGCAACAGGACCAUCAUCAGCAGACGGCCUCCAGCAGCUCAGGUUGCUGUCCAGGAUGGCGACGAUGAAGGAGCAGCAGUUCACGGAGGAGAAGCCUCUGCUGCCGGAGCAGAGAGGAGGAGAGUCGGACUUGCAGGAUAAAGCUGAGGAGGCCUCUGGGGGGCCUCAGGGCCCCGCUGGCCCCGCCCCCUCUAACCACGCCCCUCCCCCCAGCCGCCCCGCCCACCGCUGGCACGUGAUGGCACGACACUGGUUACGCCAAACCCGCCGUCGGACCAGCGGGGUUCCUCAGGAGAGCUGUGAGCAGCUGAUGCCGGUGGGAGACUGGAAGGAGCACGAUGUGGAGACCCCCUAUGGGUCUCUGCAUGUUGUGAUCCGAGGAGCUCCUAAAGGGAACAAACCGGCCAUCCUGACCUACCACGACGUGGGACUGAACCACAAGCUGUGCUUCAACACGUUCUUCAACAACGAGGACAUGCAGGAGAUCACCAAACACUUCGUGGUUUGUCACGUGGAUGCUCCAGGACAGCAGAUCGGAGCUUCUCAGCUUCCACAGGGGUUCCAGUACCCCACCAUGGACCAGCUGGCCGGGAUGCUGCCCACGGUGGUCCAACACUUCGGGUUUAAGAGCAUCGUGGGGAUCGGAGUCGGAGCUGGAGCUUUUAUUCUGGCCAAGUUCGCUCUGAUCUUUCCAGACCUGGUGGAAGGUUUGGUUCUGCUCAACAUCGACCCCAACGGUAAAGGAUGGAUCGACUGGGCCGCCACCAAGCUGUCUGGACUGACCAGCGCUCUGCCCGACACCGUGCUGCCUCACCUGUUCAGCCAGGAGGAGCUGAUGAACAACACGGAGCUGGUCCAGAGCUACAGGCAGCAGAUCAACAACACCGUCAACCAGUUCAACCUGCAGCUCUUCUGGAACAUGUACAACAGUCGGAGGGAUCUGGAGAUGACCCGCAGUGGGACGGCGAUCAACGCAAAGACCUUAAAGUGUCCCGUGAUGCUGGUUGUUGGAGAUAACGCUCCAGCUGAGGAGGGAGUGGUGGAGUGUAACUCCAAACUGGACCCGACCAACACCACCUUCCUGAAGAUGGCGGAUUCUGGUGGACUCCCUCAGCUCACACAGCCUGGGAAACUGACUGAAGCCUUCAAGUACUUCCUGCAGGGGAUGGGCUACAUCGCGUAUGUGAAGGAUCGGAGGUUGAGUGGAGGUCCAGUGCCGUCGGCCAGUAUGACCCGCCUGGCUCGGUCCAGGACGGCCUCCCUGACCAGCGCCGGCUCCAUGGACGGCCAGCGAUCCCGGGCCUGCACCCACUCGGAUAGCACGGAGGGCGUGGGCACCAUCAGCCACACCAUGGAGGUGUCCUGCUGAGGGUCUGGAGGCUUCAUCUGCAGAACCUCCUCACUGUAAAAUAGCACCAGUGUUCCACCUCAGCCCUCCACCAACAUCUACGCAGCUGUUCUCCUUCUUCAAGACUCAUUCUUGUGUUUUCUGAGUGUUUCCUUAUUCUUUGCCUGCAACCUCUUAAACCCCGCCCCCCAACGCACACCUACGCCUGUCUGUCCACACAGCAAUAAGAGCUGCAGGUUAGCGUCCGACCAGAGGGGGGUGCCUAGUAGAAACAGGAAGCACUGAUAACUUGUGAUUCUCUCUCUCUGUGGUGUUGGGAAGCAGCGGUUUUUACAUGUUUCCAAGUGUGACAGGUGAGGUUGAGAAAGGGGCAUGUCCAAAGUGUGAUGGACAGCAGAACACAGCCAAUCGUAGCCAAGUGCACCUGUAGCGCUUACAGAGGAUUCAUUAGCUUUUGUUAGCGUAGCUAGAGCAAAGCAUGCAGGUAUAAAGCUGCACUGAAGCUUCACAAAUUUAUAUCAAAAUACAAUUAGAAAGACAAAGAGAGACAUCGUCGGUGUAAAAGUUUAUCUUUCAUAAACCCUUCGAACUUGAAAUUUCUUGAACUAUCCUGAAACCAAACCACUAAACCACCAGGAAGCCUCACCCGCUUUUAUUUCUGUUGCUAUGGCAAUAUGUUUAAUGUUUAGUUUUUUAAAAUUCUGUUUCAUCUGAUUCAGUUUCAAACAAGCCUAAAAUGAUCGAUUGGAGAAUAUUAGCCGGUAUAAAUCUGUGACCGCAGCUUCUGAAACAUGAAUACUGGUAAACAGAAUAUCAAACAAGACAUUUUUGGGAAACAUUGAUCAGAUAAUCGAGAGGAUACAGAUUAAUGUUUGUGAGGAAGAUUAGUGCUUCUGUAUGAGUUUAGGAAUGCUGUAUAGAGGAUUGUUCUGCGGUCUGACUGAUGUCUUGUAGUAAAAUCUAACAUCCAAACGUUCCUCUUUUUUCCGUUCGGAGCCAUGUUCGUGCACCGUUGCUGAGUGCAGCUUUAACUGCGUCUCCUCACGUGUCUGAGACAGUCCACCUCAUAGUUCUAGAUAGAAGACAUAUUUAUGAAGACCUAUCUGCAUGUGAAUGUAAUCUAGUACCAGAGUCGUGUUCUUCAUUAGCACCCUACUGUUCAGUAGAACCAUCGUCAGAGUUUAGCUGAUGGACCUGGUUCAGCUCUUCAAUGUGACAAUCACACUCUGAUCCAGACCAGACCAGACCACACCAGACCAGAAGAGUGGGGGGACCAAGGCGGAACCGGGCCGACCCGACACCAAAGACCAAAGCUUCUGUUCCAGAACCCGACCCUUUCCAGAGGACAAACCAAAGCUGCACAAACGUUCUCCCCUGAAGGAAGAGCUGUGUGGACCGCGUUCUGUAAUGGAACCAAAGAACAGACAGGAGAACCCACAUUCUGACGUAAACAGAACCUCACAGUGUAGUGAAUAAGUGUAGCUGUAGAUUAGAAGCUGUGAGCUGCUGUCUGUAAUUCUGGACCACCUGGACCCUCUGAAUCCAGGACCGGUUCUGUCUGAAGUCCUUCAGCUCUGUGGAACCAGAACAUCAUGAAGGAGAGAGAACUCAGAGAUGUCUUCUGGCAGUAGUUAGAACGAUGGAAACCAGAGAAACAGUUGAAAGUCUGGUGUCCAUGGAUGUUACAGUGCUGGAACCAUGGUGGCACUGUGUACUAUGGAUGUUUUAUAUGUACACUGCCUGCAGGUCAGCCGAAGACGGAAUUUUCCUGGUGUUGUUGUUGGUUGCUGCUGAGUCAGUCGUAGCUCAGAAGUUUUUUGCUGCUGCACUCUUGGCCAGGAGAUCUCUGAUCUCAGUGGGACCAACCAGGUUAAAAAAAAUGCUAAAUUAAAAAUUAGAUUUACACUUCAAGUUUAUUUGACCAACAGAUUCUUCUGCUGACAGAGGGUAGUAAGGCUAGCCGAGGAAUGCUACUUCCAGCCUAGAGAUGCUAGUCACUGGCUUAGGAAUGGUAAUUGCUGGCUAAGAGAUGCUAAUGACUAGCCUAGAAGUGCACGUGUCCAGCGUAGAGAUGCUAGUGACUAGUUUAGGAAGGCUAGUUGUUAUGUUUUCAAUAAAAUGAUCAUAGCUUAGCAUCACCUUACAGAACAAGUAACACCUUGGCUACCAACUAGCAUUGUUUGGCUAAAAGAAUUAGCCACGGAACGUUGUAUGUCUAAUAAUCCUAGUCAGUAGAAAAAAAGGGGAAAAAAACUGAGAAAGCCUGGUGUCCACAGGUGGUACCGAUACUGGAACCAUGGUGGCGCUGUAUACUAUGGAUGUUUUAUGUGUACACUGCCUGCAGUUCAGCUGAAGACUUUUCAUGGUGCUGUUGGUUAUCAGUCGUAGCUUCAUGGUUUUUAGAUAAACUGAUUAAUAAUAAUAAUAAUAAUAAUAAUAAUAAUAAUAAUAAUGCUGGUUGCACUGAGGAGCUCCGGAUUUUUAGUUUUAUACAGAAUCGGGUUUGAACCAAUAGUUGAUUUUUGGUCAGUUUCUGAAUGUUGGUAAAAUAUGAUUUCAAGCUCAGAUUUGGUUCGUUGAGGAUGAGCAGGGAUGUUGAAGGUCCAGUUGUUUGCUGUUGAUGAACUUUAGAUAUUUUAUUUUUUAUUUCUUUGAGGAAACAUUCCAUUCCAGCCAGUUCGGUGGUUCAGAGGGUCGACAGAUCAGAGCUGGGGUCUCCUGCUUUUAUUUAUUCUUCAUUCCUGUACAGUAUUCCUGCUUUCGGUUCCUCUGAAAUUAAACCCUUCGGUCCCCUGUCGGAAGGGGCGGAGCUUCCUAUCGCUGAGGCGAGCGCUUCCCUGCGGCGGCCUGUAAGGGGCGGGGCUUUUUUGGCGCCAUUUGGGCUCCAAGCUCGGAAUGUAGGGCAACCCCCAGCCACCUUAAAAAAGACAAAAAAACGACCCCUUUACCCUGAAAAAAUCUCAUGGUGCCCUGGCCCUCACAGGCAGACCCAGGCGCAGCCUAAAGGGCUAUCAGCUGAUGUCACUUUGUGAGCGUGUUGUAGUUCGUGACCACCGGGGGGCCCCAAAGACCAGGACGAGGUUCAGAACGCAAAGACGAAGAGAGUCCAAACACACAGAGAGAGAUGUACGGGCAGAAAUAUCUGAAACUGAAUCUAAAAAAGUUACUAUUCAAUUUGAAUUUCUCAACUUAAAUGAGCGUAUUUUGAAUUUCUUCGAUUUAGGGGGUGAAAUUUGACCAAAAAGACUCAUAACUUGUCCUAAAUAGUUCCAAAUUUGUCCAAAAUAUGGCUAAAACUUUCCAAAAAGACUCCAAAUAUGACCAAAAAGACUGAAGAUUUGUCCAAAGUUACAUUACUCCAAAUUAGACCAAAAUCACCUCAAAACUUUCCAAAAAGACUCAAGAUUUGUCAAAAAUAACUCCAAAUUUGACCAAAAUGACUUGAAAUUCAUUCAGAACUAUCCCAAAACUUUUCAAAAUUACUCAAAAUUUGUCUAAAAUCACCCCAAAACCCCCAAAUUUACUGUAUGUUCAGUUUUUACAAUUCAAAUUCAAGUUCUUGAAAUUCCGACUCCAGUGAGGAUCCAACAGAAUUCACCUGAAUUCAGUUCCUAAUUCACUGGAAUACAGUUUCAAUGGAGUAAAUUCAAACUGUUCUUACUUUUAUAAAAGCUGAGAAAUUCAAGUGCAGAUAUAACACAUUUAGAUUGUGUUUGUAAAGACUGAAUGUUGAGGGAUAGAGUGUUGGGGAGAUGAGCUGGUAGAGAAGCUGAAGGUCAGUCGCAUGUAGCCCUUCAUCCUUCUUCUGCAUCUUUGGUUUCCUCCACAUGACUCCACCCAAACCGCUGGGGGGCUCCUGAAUGUAUCAUCCCUUCCUCAAGUGCUGUACGGUAUCGUCCUCCUCAGACCUUCCUCCUCCAGGUCUUUCACCCUACUGUUGUCUUCAUUUGUGGGCACCAAAAAAUAUUGUUUCCUUGUCUGAAAAAAAUUCAGCAAAAAAAUUCGCCAAAUUUCUGAAAAUUUGCAAAACCUUCAGGAACAAAAUUCCGAUAAUUCCUUAAAGGUUUCCCUUAAAAGUUUUAUGUAAAAAAAAAAUAAAAAAAAAUCCCCCAAAUUUGGCAAGAAAAUUCUUGUAAAUAUUUCAAAAAAUGAAUAAAAAUCUUCCAAAAGAAUCCUAAAAAUAUCUAAAGUGAUUCCAUAUAUAUCAGUAAAACUUCUCAUAUUUUCUUUAAGAACAUUCACAUAAAAAUCAACCAAAAUCCAGUGAAAUUCACUGGAUUUUGGUUGAUUUUUUGUGAAUGUUCUUAAACAUUUUUAACAUUUUUUUCCACCAAAAAAUGUUCAAAGAUUUCCCAAAAAUGUUGAAAAUGUGGACAUCAGAAGUUUCACUGUGAAAUUUUUUUUUUCCCACGUUUUCAAACUUUAAAACGGGUUGAUUUUGACCUGCAGGACGACACGAGGGUUAAAGUUGUUCCUGGUUCCUGCAGACCUUGGUCCUCCUUGUAGAUACUUUUUAUUUCUAGCAGGUUUCUUUCUGUUCUUCUCCACUCAGAGUUUUUUAGAGGCAGCAGUAGGUGUGAUGAUGUUACUUCAUGUGUUUCUCUUCUUCUAACUGCCAUGAAGACUGAUUUGUAUGAAGCAAUAAGUUCUUUUCUUCUCGUUGGGGUUGUCUCAUGUUGUGGGAUUCUUCCCUCAGUUGGUUUCUGUUCACAAAAGGACUCUUUCCUGCUUUGUUGUCAUUCAGAUGUGUUCUGUAAAGGUUCAUAUAUCCUCUAUACAGUAAUCCGUCUGUCCGUGUGCUGAUCCAGUAACCAGUAAGAAAUAAAGACUAAGUCACGUCA